GAGACUACUAGGCUCUCGGGUCCCGCUGUCCGCGGCCUGGCUGGCGGCGGAGAACAUGGCGCUGCCCCCGGCUGCCGCGCCCCCCGGGACUAGCGAGCCUCUGGGCCUGCCGCUUUCGGCGCUGCAGCCGGAGCCGGGUGGUGUCCCGCUGCACUCGCCCUGGACCUUCUGGCUGGACAGAUCACUCCCUGGUGCCACAGCAGCCGAGUGCGCCUCGAAUCUGAAGAAAAUCUACACGGUGCAAACAGUGCAGAUAUUCUGGAGUGUGUACAAUAACAUCCCUCCAGUGACCAGCCUGCCUUUGAGAUGUAGUUAUCACUUAAUGAGAGGAGAGAGGCGACCGCUUUGGGAGGAAGAGAGUAAUGCAAAGGGUGGCGUGUGGAAGAUGAAAGUUCCCAAGGACAGCACGUCCACAGUUUGGAAAGAAUUGUUGUUAGCGACCAUUGGGGAGCAGUUCACAGACUGCGCAGCAGCAGAUGACGAGGUAAUAGGAGUCAGUGUGAGCGUCCGGGACCGAGAGGAUGUCAUUCAGGUCUGGAACGUCAACGCCUCAGUAGUGGGCGAAGCGACGGUGCUGGAGAAGAUCCAUGAGCUCCUGCCCCACGUACCCUUUAAAGCUGUGUUUUAUAAACCCCAUGAAGAGCAUCAUGCUUUUGAAGGUGGACGUGGAAAACACUAAUUGCACUCUGUAAAGAAUUCUUUGUCCUUUGCUGAUUGGUUUUGGAAACGGUCUUAACAGGAGGGAGAGUGAAGAGAAGACUUGCCGGAGCCCGAUGCUGGUCCAUUUAGAGUGGGUUUCUGUCCUUGCAGACUGGGCCGUUAGGACUCAAAGUGGCAGGUGGGGUUGGGGGAGAGCGUGGGGGUUUCUGCCAUCAUAUCACUUGCUUUAAAAAAAAAAAAAAAGAAAAGAAAAGAAAAAGAAAAUAAUUUUUUAAAGCUUUCUAAAUUCUCUGUUCUUUGCACUCUUCCCCCUCCCCCGUAAGACUCCUUCUUCAGGGUAAUUAUUGUUUUCUGCACUCCCUUUCAUUGAGGCAUAAGAAUUGGGUUCCCCUUGGGUAACUCUACUGUACCUUGUUAAGGAACAUCUGCAUAAUCGCCACAGGACUGCCUGCGAAGCCACAGGGCAUCAGGAGGGAGCCUUGCCUAGCAAAAUCCCUUUCUGAUAAAUUGUUGUGACACUUGCCUGCACACUGUGAGCUGGCAUUGUUUCCUUUGUGUGUGAGUUCCGUGGAAAGCGUACUCACUGACAGCACACGCAUCUUAAAUCCCCUUUAAAGAGCAGUAUAAGGCUCAAAAAAUCAAACUCUAGGGUUUUGGGGACCACUGUGCAAGUAAUUCUAAGCAGAAUCCCAAUCUGGC